AUGGCGACCAAGCGCAAGGCGUCGGCGUUGAAUGCCGCCGUCGACGACGAACCCGUUGACCCAUCUGACGAACUUGCUUUCUACUGCUUAGGCGGAGGUAAUGAAGUCGGUCGGUCAUGCCAUAUCAUUCAGUACAAAGGGAAAACAGUGAUGCUCGAUGCGGGCAUGCAUCCUGCGAAAGAAGGAUUCUCGGCUCUCCCAUUCUUCGACGAGUUCGACCUGAGCACGGUUGAUAUUCUUCUCAUAAGCCACUUUCACGUCGAUCACUCUUCCGCUCUUCCCUACGUCCUCAGCAAGACGAAUUUCAAGGGCCGAGUAUUCAUGACACAUGCGACCAAAGCCAUCUAUAAAUGGCUCAUCCAGGACAAUGUGCGAGUUAGCAAUACGGCCUCAUCAUCUGAUCAACGCACAACAUUGUAUACUGAACAUGAUCACUUGUCUACCUUGCCUUUGAUUGAGACGAUCGACUUCAACACGACCCACACGGUAAAUAGCAUCCGCAUUACGCCUUUUCCAGCUGGCCAUGUUCUUGGGGCUGCUAUGUUUUUGAUCUCGAUAGCUGGCUUGAAUAUCCUUUUCACUGGUGAUUACUCUCGGGAAGAAGACAGGCAUCUGAUCCCGGCAGAGGUACCCAAAGGUAUCAAAAUCGACGUCCUAAUUACCGAGUCCACAUUCGGUAUCUCGACUAAUCCUCCGCGGCUGGAGAGGGAGGCGGCUCUCAUGAAGUCAAUAACGGGAAUUCUGAAUCGCGGGGGUAGGGUCCUGAUGCCUGUUUUCGCUCUCGGGCGGGCUCAAGAGUUGCUCCUGAUUCUCGACGAAUAUUGGGAAACGCAUCCUGAGUUGCAAAAAAUACCCAUCUACUAUAUUGGAAAUACUGCUAGACGAUGCAUGGUUGUGUACCAGACCUACAUAGGCGCCAUGAAUGACAACAUCAAACGACUGUUUCGUCAGCGCAUGGCGGAGGCGGAAGCCAGUGGUGACAAGAGUGCCAGUGCAGGGCCUUGGGACUUCAAGUUUGUUAGGAGUCUCCGGAGUCUGGAACGUUUUGACGAUGUAGGAGGAUGCGUCAUGCUAGCUUCACCCGGUAUGCUCCAAACAGGAACAAGUAGGGAACUGUUAGAGAGAUGGGCUCCAAACGAACGUAACGGCGUUGUUAUGACUGGAUACAGCGUGGAGGGAACAAUGGCCAAGCAGCUGCUUAACGAGCCUGAACAGAUCCCUGCCGUGAUGUCACGAUCGGCGGGCGGAGUAUCGCGACGAGGACUUGCUGGCACCGACGAGGAACAGAAGAUUAUGAUACCUCGCAGAUGUACGGUGGACGAAAUCAGCUUUGCGGCCCAUGUAGACGGUGUCGAGAACCGUAACUUUAUCGAGGAGGUGGCCGCGCCUGUUGUGAUUCUUGUUCACGGCGAGAAGCAUCAGAUGAUGCGACUCAAGUCAAAAUUACUCAGUCUCAAUGCCGACAAAGCCGUCAAAGUCAAAGUCUAUACUCCAGCAAAUUGCGAUGAAGUUCGCAUCCCAUUUAGAAAGGACAAGAUCGCGAAAGUUGUCGGUAAAUUAGCCCAAGUCGCUCCUCCUUCGGAUCAGGACGAUGGCCGCUUAAUGUCCGGUGUCUUGGUUCAGAAUGGAUUUGAUCUGUCGUUGAUGGCGCCUGAUGACCUCCGCGAGUAUGCUGGUUUAACAACAACGACAAUUACAUGCAAGCAGCAUAUCACACUUAGCUCUGCAAGUAUGGAUCUUAUCCGAUGGGCACUUGAGGGUACCUUUGGCGCUAUCGAAGAACUCGGUAGCAACGAGCGGAGUAAGGUCAAAGAAGAGUCCACAAAGGCCGUUAACGGAGAGCAGGAAAUAAAAGAGGAGCCGGCAGAUGAGGAGAUCCCGAUGGAGGAGACACAGACAUAUCUCGUCAUGGGCUGCGUUCUCAUCCGCUAUCACUCUCGGACUCGUGAGGUAGAACUAGAAUGGGAGGGAAAUAUGAUGAAUGACGGUGUUGCCGACGCGGUCAUGGCGGUGCUGCUCACGGUUGAGAGCAGUCCUGCAUCGGUCAAGCAAUCCGCAAAACUCAAACAUCAUCACCACCAUCAUAGCGAUCUGGAACUACCUAAUCCCCAUGCCCACCAAGGACCUGAAGAGACAUUUGAGAAUCUGCUCAUGAUGCUAGAGGCGCAAUUUGGAUCGAAUAUUGCACCGAUUGAACGACCGCGCAUUCCUUCUGGUAUUCGUGCGAACAGGACGACCAAGGCCGAUCCGUCGGUAUCAGCCGCCGUCAAGACCAAAUCAGAUGCUGCAGGUGAGACUCCUGCCGAGUCUCAAGAGGACGAGAGCACGGAAGAAAUUGAGGCGGCAGAACUUGCUCGUCUUCAAGCACUUGGAAUCCCUUAUCCUGGAAUUGAGAUCAAGGUUGAUAAGCACGUCGCGCGGGUAUGGCUCGAAAAUUUCGAGGUCGAGUGUGCAAACACCGUGCUCCGGGAUAGAGUCCGCGUGGUCAUUGAACGGGCCGUGGAGACUGUCUCGAGCAUGUGGGGGGAAGGGCAUCCGGCAGCCCGAGCCUCAAAUGGAACGCAAGGCAACAAGGAGGUGGCUGUUUCAAAGAGUAAUGAGAUUGAGGCAAGGGCCUAA